ACAAACAAAGGUGGUUGGCUCAAGCAGCAGAGAAGGAGACUUUCAUUUCCGAGAGAAAGGCCCAAGUUUGCCUUGGCCAUUGUGGUGCGCUGCAGCUGUGGACAGGGCCCACAACCACACACGCCUGCCUUAAAUCCAAGAGGUGAUCCCCAUUUACUAGUGUCACCAUCUUCCUUCUCCUCCUCCUUCAGCUCCCCCCUUCUUCCUCCCUAGGAACGGGGCGCUACCGCAGAGAAGCUUGUAGAAGUUUUGUGAUAUCUGGGUGGUGAGAGUGUGCUUGUGGAUUCUUGAUUCUUUGCUCCAGGAGCACUCAGCCAUGGAUAGACGGAUCCAAGCUCCUCUGGUCGACGGCUCGGCAUGCUUGUGCAGAGCGGAGAGAGCCGCCGCCGUCGCCUCCACCGGCAGGCACGUCCCGAGAUCCAGACCUUGCGUGCAAUCGAGCGUCAGAGCUUCCAUCCACCCACUGAGCGAGAAGAGAUCGUCGCGAGCUGACCGCCGAAGCGACGGGCAACGGCCACUGCUCCCCGGCCUUCCCGACGACCUCGCCAUCGCGUGCCUCAUCCGCGUGCCGCGAGCUGAUCACUGCAAGCUGAGGCUUGUGUGCAGGAGGUGGCUCCGCCUCCUCGCGGGCAACUACUUCUACGGCCUCCGCGGGAGGCUCGGGCUCGCCGAGCAAUGGCUGUACGCCUUCAAGUCCGAUGGCGACGGGCGCGUGUCCUGGGAAGUGCUCGACCCGGCGGCCGCGGCAUGGCGCACGAUGCCGCCCGUGCCCGCUGAAUACGCGGCCGCCGCCGGGUUCAGCUGCGCCGUGCUCGGUGGCUGCCACCUGUACCUGCUCGGCGGCAGGGACCCGCGAAGGGGCGCCAUGCGGCGGGUGGUGUUCUACAGCGCCCGGAGCAACCGGUGGCACCGCGCGCCGGACAUGCUGCGCCGGCGCCACUGCUUCGGCGCGUGCGUCAUGGGAAACCGCCUGUACGUCGCUGGCGGAGAGAGCGGCGGCGGCGGCCUCAGGUCCGUGGAGGUCUUCGACCCGGCCAAGAACCGGUGGUCUUUCGUGUCCGACAUGGCCCGGGCGCUAGUGCCGUUUGUCAGCGUGGUGCACGGCGGGAGGUGGUACGUGAAGGGGCUCGGCGCGGGACGGCAGGUGCUCAGCCAGGUGUACACGCCGGAGACGGACAAGUGGUCGACGGUGGCAACGCUCGAUAGCAUGGUCACCGGCUGGAGAAGCCCCAGCGCUUGCAUCGACGGCCGGCUCUACGCCGCUGACUGCAAGGACGGUUGCCGGCUCAGAGCCUACGACGAGGCCGCAGACGCGUGGAGUGGCUGCGCCUCAAGCGGGCACCACCUGGGGAGCUCACACGCUCUCGAGGCGGUCGCAAUGGUCACGCUUCGUGGCAAGCUCUGUGUCGUUCGAAACGACAUGAGCGUGUCGGCCGUCGACGUCGCCGCCGGGGCAGGAAACCAGCCGUGGGAGAUCCUCGUCGGCAAAGGGCAGAUAAAGAGCUUCGUCACGAACCUCCUGGCGAGCAUUGCCGGCCGCGGCCGGGCCAAAAACCGCGUCUUGCAUUGCCAAGUCCUUGAGGCUUAGAGGUGUUAGGUCCUACGAAGUUCCCACGUCAUUUAUGGCUUAUAGCCGGCAGAUACAAUAGUUAGCAAAUACAAUAGUUAUAUAUAAAUAAAUACUACUUCAUUGAUACA